AUGGCACCAAACGGGAGAAGGAAGAGUGUGAGCGGAAGCGUGGUGAAGCCGCCACCUCCACCAAAGCUAGCGAAGGAGUCACUGCAUAGGACUCUAUCAGACUUAUCGUUGGAUUUCAAAAGAGAAGAAGAGAAGGGACUCGUGACGAUAUCGGAGGUGGAGAAGGCAAAGUGCGAGUGUUGCGGGAUGAAGGAGGAGUGCACGAUGGAGUACAUCGAGAGGGUGAGGGAGAAGUACUUAGGGAAGUGGAUAUGCGGUCUAUGCUCAGAGGCGGUGAAGGAGGAGAGGGAGAAGAGGGAAGAGAAUGGGCUCGAAGGGGCCUUGAAGGAGCACAUGAGCGCCUGCCUCAGGUUCAACAAGCUUGGGAGGGAGUAUCCUGCUCUGUUCCAAGCAGAGGCCAUGAGAGAUAUGCUCAGGAGAAGAAGGAGGGGUCAGUCUAUUAGCCCUAAACCCACUACUAUUCACAAUAAGCCUGCUAUUUCCCGCACUUCAAGUUGUAUCCCUGCCAUCAACAGAGACCUUAAUUAA